AAACUCGGAGAUAAUGGACUGAGAGAGAAAAGAGGAGUGGAGUUCCUUCUCUCCGCGCUGCUUCCUGCACGGAAUUCCCUCUGUCUACGCUCAGACAGAAAGACUCAGAGACUCGAAGCUACUAAGAGCUUAGUGGACAAAACUUGUGUUUUUCUACUUUGCAUGUGUGUCUCAGUGGAGAAGAGGAAGAAGAAGAAGAAGACGGAGAAGAAGAAGAAGAAGAAAGCACAGAUGCAGAGAUGUUCUCCAAGGGUACAGUCUCAGCCCGUGACUCUUUUGUCUUUAUCCCCUCAGAGGCUGCUCAAGCGAACCAUGCCGCUGCUCCCGACACCACCAACCCGGAGAUAAUGCAAUGCCUAACGGUGACCAUUCUUCGAGGAAAGGACGGCUAUGGGUUCACCAUCUGCUCCGACUCACCUGUACGCGUACAAGCUGUCGAUCCAGGUGGUCCUGCAGAUCUGGCUGGUCUCAGGCAGCUGGACACUGUGCUGCAGUUGAAUGGUCAGUCUGUGGAGCAGUGGAAGUGUGCGGAUCUCGCCCAUGCCAUCAGAAGCAGUGCCCGUGAGAUCACGGUGGUGGUGUGGCGUUCAGGACCUUCUGUGAAGUCCAGCUUCGAGGGGUUGAUCCAUCAAUCCUACAAGAGCUCCAACUACGAGUCUCCUGUGUCUCCGCCCAGAACGAAGCGUGCGGAGAAAACUCCGCCUGUACCCCCGCUUCCCGCACACCUCCGCCACCGGAUACUGCUCAACAGCUCUGAGGGGGCGAGGGCCGGCGGGAUCGGGGGCACCGGGGUGCCGUGGGGUGACAGGAGAGAGGAGGGUAAAGCCAGCGCCAGGACACACACUCCGACUCUAAGAGGGACACGAGUCAAAGCCUCCAACGGAGACAAUUACAUCAUCCUCUCGCCCAUCAACCCAGGAGGACAGAUCCUGACCCAAGUGUAUGGAGACAAUGCUAGCUCUCUGGCUGGAUUUAUGUACUCACCGGGAACUCCCAACACGCCCCAGCCCCAUGCCACGCCCAGAACCAACUUCCUGCGCCGGUCAGGCAACAAAUCCAAGUCAGCUGCCACCAGCUACCAGCCCAGCUCCAACUUCGCCAACUACCAGAACUGCACCAUCGUCCGAUCUCACGCCAACUACGGAGCCUACGUCAAAGUGGCACCCAAAGUUCUCAUAUUCCCCAUCUUCGUGCAGCCUCUGGACCUCUGCAGCCCAACUAGAACGCUCCUGAUCACCGAGGAGAUGAUUCUACAUGAGAGCAAACAUCUCUCCAUCAAGGUGACUAUAUUCAUCUACACAGAUCUGAUGUUAGUGUCGAGAGAGGAUGAGCUGGGUCGCUGUAAUGUCCUGCAAAAUCCUCUCUACCUAAAACAGCUCCGGCUAAAGGAGGAUCAUAGUGAUGAGCUUCGCUUCUACCUCAUCCACAUGACUGAGAAGUGUGACUGUCUCCUGAGUUUGGAGGCCUACUCUUUGGAGCAGAAGACGCGAGUAUGUCAGUGUCUGAGUGAUAACAUUGAUAAUCAGCUACAGCUGGAGUGCAGAGGGACGUUCAGCCCCUCUGAGCAGAUGCUGGAGCCUAAACUGGAUGAACAGUGUGAUCUGGGUGCUCAGUGGCGCCCCUCGGAGGAUGAGCACUCUCUCGGCAGCCCGUCUGACGCCCCGGGAACCACAGGCACCCCAGGCAGCACUCCUCUGGACGAGACUCGGCACCUCGUACCUCCUACACCUCCCCCGUCCACCGAGGGCAGCCUGAGUGACAUAUGGAGGGUGGACAGAGGAGAGGAGGAAGAAGAGGAGAAAAUGACUCCUCCUCCUCCAGAAGAAGAUGAAGAAGAAGAGGAAGGCUCACGCGGCGCUGAAGUCGAGGAGGAGAAGAAUGAAGAUUACGACACCAAUCCUCCGGCCUCCUCUUCUUCCUCAUCCUUCAUCAUCCCAGAAUUACGCCUGGAUCGGUCUUUCAGCACCGACGCUCUGUCCUCGACUGCCACCGAUGAAGAGGACGAGGACGAAGACGAUGACGACGAUGACGACGAUGAUGAAGAUGAGGAAGACAGCGAUGAUAACUUUUUGGAGCCCACUAAGAGACGGAGCAUGGUGGAGGCGACCUCGUGUGAGAAACAUGGUGGCUCCGGAGGUCUGAGCGUCCAGAACUCGCUACGCAGACGCACGCACAGCGAGGGAAGCCUCCUGCAGGACCCGCGGACCACCUGCUUCACCUCCGACAACGCCAUCAACCGCCUGGAGGUCACCACCGCCAGCAAGGGGGGCUGGACGCUACCUUCACCCAAAACCCUGAAGAAGGAGUUGACCAAGAAUGGAGGCUCCAUGCACCAGCUCUGCAUGCUGUUCUCCGGCAGGAAGCUGAGCGCCGGAUCCGAGUGCAGCUGUGACGUCGGCCCUGACGGAACCAAGAAGAAGAAGUCCAAGAACCUGGCCAAAGACAUGAAGAACCGACUGGCGUUCCUGAGGAGAAGGAAUGAAUCUCCAGGAAGCACUCCAGCCAGCAAGCUGGAUAAAACAAUGAAGUCAAUCAAGCCCACGCCGGAGGAGGCGCUCAAGUGGGGAGAAUCCCUCGACAAGCUGCUCGUCCAUAAAUAUGGCCUGGCGGCGUUCAGAGCGUUCCUGCGCACGGAAUUCAGCGAGGAGAAUCUGGAAUUCUGGCUGGCGUGCGAGGAUUACAAGAAGAUCAAGUCGCAGUCCAAGAUGGCCUCAAAGGCUAAGAAGAUCUUUGCCGAGUACAUCGCCAUCCAGUCCUGUAAAGAGGUAAACCUUGACUCGUACACGCGAGAGCACACCAAGGAGAACCUUCAGAACGUCACGCGCUCCUGUUUCGACCUGGCCCAGCGCAGGAUAUACGGCCUGAUGGAGAAGGAUUCGUAUCCACGGUUCCUGCGCUCGGAACUCUACCUGGACUUAGUGAACCAAAAGAAAGCGAGCGCUACGUCUACGGCGUCCUCGUCGUAAGAGGAACCACGGCGCAGAGACGCUUGACAAAAAAAUAUCUAACUAGCAUUGUGGACACUUUCGUUCUCAUCCGCCAUCCUGUCCUACGACGAGGAGGAAAGAAAGAGGGGAGGAAUAGAGAGAGAGAGAGAGAGAUGGAGAGAGAGAGAGAGAGGAGACGAUCAGGACGGAGAGACCCCAGAAAGGAAGAAGGCGGUUGUUCCGAUCCGGAGGAUGAGACGUGUGGAGUGUCUGUGUAACGAGCUACAUCAUCGUUAUUAUUAUUAUUAUUUGUUUAAGUUUGGUUUUGGAGAGAGUCGAGGACGGGGAUUUGCUCUUCGAUGUAAAGACAGUCGGGUACUGUUUUGUCGUUUCUUAUCCUUCGUGCUCUCGGUACGACGAAGACACCACUGUUUUUUUUGUUUUUUUUUGUCGCUCUCAUUCUCAAGCCGUCAGACCCGGAUCGAUGCGGCACGCGGUUCCUUCCUGUCCUGUCCUGUCCUUCCUUCCCUCUGUGGUCAUGCACUUCUCAGACGUCUCGGCGUCUCCUUUUCUCGUCCCGCCGUCCUGAAAGACGUUUUUGGUGGAACGGACCAAAUCAGAACACGGACUCUCUCUCUCACGCUUCUGCACGCGGACCGCACUCAUCCGUCCGCAGGUCUGCUCCGGUCAAACGCGUGACAGUUUCUGUUUUAGCAAUUCAUCGUAGCUCCAUGUGAGGACUGGACGAGAGGAUUCUCAGGACUGCACAGCACUCGACUAUGAAGCUUUCAGGCUUGUUUUGACUUUUAUUUCACUUUUUUUUGUAUAUAUUAUUAUAAUUAUUAUUUUUUAUUAGGUUUAAACCUGCACUCCGUAGAUGUUUUUUUUCCCUUUUUGUUGUUAUUGUUAAUAAGAAAGAUAACGCUUUACCUGUACAGAAAGUUUGCGUAUUUAUUUAGAGCCUCGCUGGAUGUCGCGUUCGGUUCAUUGCACUCGGCUAAACAAGAAAAAUGGCACCCUUCGAAACCCCUCCCCCUUUCCCCACUACCCAAACACCCCCUCCCCCUCCCUUUUAACCACGAUUCCCAUGAACUGUCCUUAUGUAAGUGCAAUAUGUUUUAUUAUUUUUUUUAAUAAUAAUUUUUUUUGGUUAGUCCGCUUAUCAUUUGGAUAAGUUUCACUUCGACGACGGAUUUUUCUUUUGUCGGAAGAAGAAGAAGAAGAAGAAGAAAAAGA